AACUUAAACUUCAUCAAAACUCCCGCAGAUGUCGCCGGUUAAACUGUCAAAAUCUAUAUAACCUCAAAAAUAGAUAUUUCACCUAAAAAUUGAUAAUGCGGCACUUAAAAUUCAUAGCAAGGACGAUUUUCGUGCAAAAUAACGACGUGGAUGCGGCCUGCCGUACUUUGAACCGCAUUUUAGGCCGUGAAGAUAUUCUGGACCAAUUUAGAAGAACGAGGUUUUUUGAAAAGCCCCACCAGUUCCGCAGGAGGAUAAAUUUCGAGAAAUGCAAAGCUAUUUACAAUGAAGAUAUGGAUCGUAAGAUUCAGUUUGUUUUAAGGAAAAACAGGGCAGAUCCUUUCCCGGGAAGUUUUUAGCUUUGUAUUUUGUGAAUGUUAGUGAAAUAUAGUUAUGUAAGUGUUA